AUGGUGACCGGUAAAUCGCAACCGGGCAUCGAGCCGGUACAACUCCCACCAACCUCUCCCGACCCCGUCGCUUCCAACUCCCCACCCUCUCGACGAGACCUCGCCUCGUGGUGGAGACAGUUUAAACGGAAUACUAGGAAAGAGGAACUGAAAGAACCCCCGCGCGGAAUCUUCGGCAUCCCACUCAAUGUCAGCAUCAAAUAUGCCAAUGUGGCCAUCUCCCUUUCCAACGAACAUGGCGAGAGCUUCAUUUAUGGAUACGUGCCGAUAGUCGUGGCCAACAUCAUCGCCGCCGCUGCCGCUCCCGAAAUAUGCGCUGACUGUUCUCUAGCUACGGACGUGGAAGGUAUCUUCCGGCUCAAUGGGUCCGCGAAGCGUAUCAAAGACCUUCAAGAAGUAUUCGACUCCCCCGAACGUUAUGGAAAAGGCUUGGAUUGGUCCGGAUACACGGUACACGAUGCGGCCAACGUCCUCCGCCGAUACUUGAACCAGCUGCCGGAACCUAUCGUCCCACUCGAAUUCUAUGAACGUUUCCGUGAACCCUUGCGCAUUUAUCAGAUGCAGGUUCAAGCAGGAGUCGAGCCCGCAGAAGCCGAGAAAUUCGAUCACGCAAAGGCCGUGGAGACCUACCAACACCUGAUCAUCGCACUCCCGCCCCUGAACAAGCAACUGCUCCUCUACAUCCUGGACCUUCUUGCUGUGUUUGCCUCCAAGUCGGACCAGAACCGAAUGACCUCCGCCAACCUGUCCGCAAUUUUCCAGCCUGGCAUGCUGUCGCACCCGCAGCAUGACAUGUCACCAGAAGAAUACAAGCUGAGCCAGGAUGUUUUGAUCUUCCUCAUCGAGAAUCAAGAUCACUUCCUCGUGGGUAUGAGUGGAACUGGAGCCGAUGAACAGCAGGUCAAGGAGGUCGAAGCUGGCAAUCAGUCCCGGCCCUCAACGACAGCUUCAAAUAUCCGCCGAUCGGCAUCCGGCGCCAGCAACAGCAAUGAGAGCAACCGCAAGUUGGACACGCUGCGCCGCAAUGUAUCCGUCUCUUCCCGCAAUUCACGUACUUCAAAUACGGCUCCUAGCCCAGGCACUCCUACGUCUGGGGGCGGUGUUCACCGAAGCAAUACCCUUCCGUCCAAAAUGGGCCCAGUUUUGACAUCUGCGCGUUUCGCGCGAGCAAAUGAAAACAACAGCUCCACCCCAUCUGGACUUUCGGUCUCCCAUCAGAGCUCUCGCUCGGCCAGUCGAGCCCCGUCGCUGCAGGAGGAGAUGGAACCAAAGGCCGAGCCCAAAGAAGAAUCGAAACCAGAACCCACCACUGAACAAGGCAAUCCCAGUCUAACUACCACCUCAUCGAAGGGCACAACACUUGUUCACACCUCGACCCACGGUCCUGUCCCUAUCGCUGCGGCUGAACGCCUGAGCAUCAGCACUCCUUCUCAGUCGCAAAAAACUAUACAGACUCCCGCUUCGCCGCCCUUUCAGGCUGUGACGCCAACACGCGAACGCACACUCUCGAGCAUCUUCAGUAAAUCCCCACCCCCAGACGGAGAUCACAAGGAGCCGCGUCAGCCCAAACGUCUACAGAAGAGGCGGAUACCAGGAAGCGCUAGCAUUAGCGCACAGAGCUCGUCCAAUUCACUCCACGGCACCCCAUCGGAUCUCAACAUUGCGGAGAUCGCUUUGGAUACAAGGCGUGAGCCGCCACCCAUGGAUCUUGCUGUUGGUGACACGACUCCCAAACCCCCGAACACCGCGACCCUGAACAGGGAAGCUCAUCCUUCGGAGUCCAACCCAGCACUCGUGGAUGGCUCCAUCCAACAUGCUACGGAGGGCUCAUUGCGACCACAUCAAUCACGUACCCCAUCCAUGAACUCUCGCUCCUCAUUCACCGACGCGUCGGACUUGGAGCAAAACGAAGAAGGGACUCAUUCCGAGCGUCGAGAGCAGAGGCGUAGCUGGCGAUUCCACCGCACUGCUAAACGCAGUAGUGAGCACGUUGGUCUUGGGCUGGCAUCUCCGCCCUUGGCAGCCACCAACCCGGGUGCUGAACAUAGUACCACCUCUUUCGGCAGUGGGCAUCAACAGAGCAAUGAUCCUUCCAGUCAACCCCUUAGCUUGGAUGCUGGCAUCUCGAGCAGCGGUACAUCUGGCACCGAACCCGAGAAGAAAAGCCUGUUUGGCAAAUUCAAGGCUAAAGUUGCGCAGGUUGUGAAGGAUGAUCGUGAGCGGGCCAAGAGCCCAAACCAAGACGUCGACACGCCGCCCAGCCAGCCAUUGUCUCCUCCUUCCAGCGAGGCAGCGAGCAAGCCCUCCGUCGAAGUUCCCACUGAACAAGUCAAGGAAGACCCUCUCCGCUCACCGGUCUCCCCACUGCCUGGAGCGGGACUGCCUCCAUCGAUCCCGGAGGAGCCACACAGUCCAGAAGCUGUUACCGCGGUGCCAGUAUCUGAGCAAAAAGAACCACUUCCUUCAAAUACCCAACCGGUAUCGACCGAGACCCCCACAGAUGGGUCCGGCGUGUCAAAGGCAGAAGCUCAGGCAGAUGCCCAGAAAGAAUCGACAGUUUGA